AUGAUGCUGGAAGGUGGGCCCCCUGGGCCGGAAGGCAACCAACAAGCGACCAGGGAAGGACAAGGACGAAGUUCGAAUAGCUCAGGCAAUUAUGACGCGGACGGGACAAAUCCACCAGGACACCGGUCGGCUGAUGCAGACCCAUGUGAAAGAACUCGUCUGCGUCUCACGAAGGUUCACAACAUCGGAACUUGGAAUGUCCGUGGCAUGAAUACGGGCAAAUUGGACAUCAUAAAAACCGAAAUGUAACGACUCAACAUCGACAUACUUGGUAUCAGCGAGCUCCACUGGACAGGAAGCGGCUAUUUCAACAGCGAUGAUUAUACAGUAUACUACUCCGGUAAUGACAACAUCAGACGCAAUGGAGUAGCCAUCAUUGCAAACAAGAAAAUUGCAAAGACCGUUCAAUGUUUCAACGCUGUCAACGACAGAAUCAUGACCGCCCGCUUUCACGGGAAGCCUCGCUCGCUCACAAUCCUGCAGGUCUACGCACCGACCACCGACGCGAAAGAAGAGGAUAUCGAAAAAUUUUAUUCGGAUUUCCAACAAGCAAUCGAUCAAGUCCCGGCCAAAGACAUCAUCCUUAUUGGCGGGGAUUUCAAUGCAAAAGUCAGCGCUGGAGGAGAACCACCAGUCGUAGGCAAAUUCGGACUAGGUGAACGAAACGAGGCUGGCGACCGUUUGGUUCAGUGCUGCCAAGAAAAUCGAUUACUGAUCGCAAACACGUGGUUUGAGCAGCCUAAACGCCACGCAUACACGUGGAUAGCACCGAAUGGACAAUAUCGCAACCAGAUAUAUAUAUAUAUAAAGAAUCAAGGUGGGCUUUCUUGA